UCCGCCAUGUGAGUUUGUAAACUCGAAACUGAGUCGGCCUUCCGGAUGCGAACGUAUUAAGGCGAUGCUAGUGUUUGGUAGGCUUUUAGAACCGCGAUCGUUAUAAUCUGUCUAAAUUAUAAGUACAAGCUAAAGCUGUGGUUAGCACGGCUUGUAAUGGCCUUGGAUUUCGUGGCGGGAUGUCUGGGAGGAUGGGCCGGUAUAGUUGUGGGACAUCCUUUCGACACGGUCAAGGUUCGACUUCAAACGCAAGUAUCGAAACGAUACGCCGGGACCAUCAACUGUUUUACGCAGAUUGUAAAACAUGAAACGGUGUUUGGUUUGUACAAAGGUAUGUUGUCCCCAAUGGCUGGGGUAGGACUGAUAAAUGCUAUCAUAUUUGGGGUCCAAGGAAAUUUGUCACGCUUGCUUGAGCCAGGUUUAUCCAGUCAGUGUAUUGCAGGAGGUGUGGCUGGUGCAGUUCAGUCAAUUGUUUGCUGCCCAAUGGAAUUAGCAAAAACUCUUGUGCAGGUUCAAAGCACCUCUAAGCCAUUGUACCAUGGAUCAAUUGACUGCUUAAAGAAGGUUUAUGAGAAAAACGGUGUCACAGGAUUGUACAAGGGGAUGACUAUAACACUCACUAGAGAAAUUCCCAGCUUUGCUCUAUACUUUGGAACAUUUGAAAUUUUUUGCAAUGCAAUGACACCUGAGGGAGAUGGAGCUGGUUGUAUUGGACCUCUAGGAUUGCUACUUGCAGGAGGAUUAAGUGGCAUAUCAUCUUGGUUCUUCACUUAUCCAAUAGAUGUUGUGAAAUCAAGGUUUCAGGCAGAUGGUGAAGGAAAGAACCGCAGAUAUCAGAGCAUAUUGGACUGUGUUAAAAAAACCUACAAGAGUGGCGGGCUCCAUGCCUUCUCUCAAGGAUUAUCAGCUACAAUUCUAAGAGCAUUCCCCACCAAUGCAGCCACUUUAGCAACUGUUACGGUAACCUUGAGACUUGCCAGAGACCGCAAGAAACAGGCUGAAUUUGCUUAGUAAAAUUGCGCAUGAAUUCUGGUUACAUAUUAGGAAACAGAUUUUAGGAUUAAGGGCUGAUAGUUUCUAAAGAAACUGUUUGGGGCUGUGUCGGUGGGGGUAAUGAAAUAAUUUGGAUAUAUC